AUGUCUAAAACACGGCUUGAAAUCAACAUUGAAAAUCCUCAGCUAUACACAACCGGCGAUACCGUUCGAGGAAGCGUCCAAUUGAUUGUGGAAGAUCAACUUGAUCUACAGUACUUGGAUGUGGAGCUUUUGGGUAUAGCCAAAUCGAGAAACCACACCACCAACAAUGGCUCUUACACUACCGGAGCAGAAACGCACAAGCUCAUUCAAUUAACACUGCGAGCUUUUCCACCUCCUGAGGUCCAGGGCAACUUGAGCUCUAAACGGUUUACACUAACGAAGGGAGAAUACGCGUAUCCUUUUGAGUUUACCUUUCCUGAUAAGCUGCACGUUGCACAAUGCGUCCAAGAUAAGAAGUUUUUUCACUCAAAGUACUAUCUUCUGAAGGACAAGCGGGAUACUGUGGCGCUAGUGGGCAGUUUCUUUCACCAGGAGGCCAAUCCAGACGACUACUGCAGGGUCCAUUACAGCGUAAACGCCAAGGUGGGCACGCCACUAUUUCACUUUAGUAUCAAGGACUCGGUUCCGGUAUUUUUUGCCCCUCGCAAUUCGGAGAUUGUCUAUAGUCUAAGGCAUCUUUCUGACAGGAGCAGGAACCUCCUCGAUGACACCGACCACACAUUCCUGCGAGUGAAGUACAGCAUAGACGACGAGGCGAAGGAGAAGAAGGGUUCCUUCAUGAGGUUGUUUACCUCUAACAGCGUGAAGGUCCCGUUUGAGCUCAGAGUCAGAUUCAAAGAAGAGUGCCGCAUAGACACAGAAAGAGGCACCACUUGCAGAGUGCUUGAAGGCGGAAAGCGUCUCUCCAGUCUUGUAGAUCUUGACUUGUUGACAUCCUUCUCAAAUGACAACCUUUUGGACGCUCUUGGUGUGAACAGGGCAAAGUCUGGAUCGACGAAACCCCCCACAGUCAAAAUAACCCAUGUCAAGGUCAAGAUUAUCCAGUUGAUGCGCUUCUUGGGAGCAACGGAGACGUAUCUGGAGGAAAAGUUCGAGAUACUCAACCAGGACCUCGACGUGGAGGUGCCGUUUAGUGAUUUUGAAAGAACCGAGGAUGAGGCGUCGGAACUUUACGACCGAUCGCCCUCGAAGUAUCAGGAUAAGGUCGAUCGAAGGAUUUGUUAUCGCUUGAGUCUAGACCCAUCCUGGUGGGACUGCUACAUUCACGACAUUGGCCAGUCCUUCUUGACCUGCAGUAUUCGAAAGAAUGUCAAUUUGUAUAUUCGUUUAACGUUGGUCUCAACCGACGAGCCAGAGAAGGAGAUAAAGAUCAAGAGUACUUCGCCGGUGGUGUUCCUCAGGCAAGAGGGCCUGGAAGGCCUCGUUCCAUUCUUAGAAGGCGAAAAUGCCGAGCCACUACCGGAGUACAUGCCAGCACCGCCUGGCUACGAGAGUGAAGAAGAGGACGAGAACAAAGAUGAAAAGAAGAGCAAAAUAUUCUCUUUGAAGAAAACGAAAUCUUAA